UGUUUUUUGGUAAUAUAUAUAGAUAAUGGAUGUCAUGGAUAAAGCAAAAUCACUUGGUGAAGUUUUUAAAAAAGUCUUUUCAUCUGAGCAUCCGAUAAAAAACCUCAUACUAAUCGUUGGAAUUUAUUUGCGAGAAUGUGGUUAAAUAACAUUCACCAGCUACAGUAACUAACAUUAUCUUAAGGAAAAUUUGAUUUUUUUUUUUUUUUUUGGUCGGAUUUGAUUUUUUUGAUUUUCAAGCUAAACAACAUACAAUAUCUCAAAGUCAAAAGUCAAUGAAUGUAGCAAAUCUUAGUCUGUAUGAAGGCCCAAAUAAUUGGGCCAUUAUAUGCAACCAGUUUACCUCAUUAACAAGCCCAUAUGAAAUUAGGGUUCCUAUAUUUUACUGGUCAAUAAUACACUUCUCUAUAAAAACCCUAACACUUCUGGUCAUAUAACAACCGCCUAAACCCUAGUUUUUUCCGCCACACUCUUCCGCCAUUAUUUUUGUUACUUGGAGCUAGCUAGCUAAAAAAUAUGGGAAGCGAUACCGAAGCAGAGAAGUCGAUUCAAAAGGAGAAGAAGAAGUACGCUAUUACUCUUGCUCCUAUCGCUAAACCUCUCGCCGGCAAAAAACUCCAGAAGAGAACUUUCAAACUCAUUCAAAAAGCUGCUGGGAAGAAAUGUUUGAAGAGAGGAGUUAAAGAAGUGGUUAAGAGCAUAAGACGAGGCCAGAAAGGAUUAUGUGUAAUAGCUGGAAACAUUUCACCUAUUGAUGUUAUUACUCAUCUUCCAAUCUUGUGUGAGGAGGCUGGUGUUCCUUAUGUAUACGUUCCUUCAAAAGAAGAUCUUGCGCAAGCAGGGGCAACGAAACGACCAACAUGUUGUGUCUUGGUAAUGCUUAAACCUGCGAAAGGAGAUUUAACUGCAGAAGAACUUGCAAAGUUAAAGACAGACUACGAACAAGUCUCUGACGAUAUUAAGGAGCUAGCAACUUCUGUAAUCUGAUUAGAAACUAGAAUGGGUGUUCCUCUUGUGCUUUUGAUGGUUAAUGAAUAUCAUCAUAUUUACGGCAUCGGAUAUUACUUUGGACUAUUUAAGGUUUUUGAUAUUGUAGCGCUAAUCGAUUGUAAAAGUUUGAAUCAUGAAUCCUAUGGUUUCAUCUGGUUAGUGCUCUCUUUAUGGCGUUUUUUUAAAUCUCCUCCUUACGUGUUUAGUCAUUGUCUCCUUACGUGGUCAGUACUUAGUCAUGUCUUCGUGCUAUCGA